GCAGAGGCAGUCAAAGCAAACUGGAACGAUUCUUGAAAAGGAAAUCACCUCCGCCCAAUGAAGGCAAAGAUAAUGGGAAUAAUGAUGGAGAUACUUCAAGAACAAGAAGAGAUGGCACUGCAUCAGAUACAAAUCAUACUAGUCAUCGCUUUUCGUCUUCGCGGAUAUCACGACAAGAGGUAAAUUUUGAUGAGCUUCCAUAUGAUCCAGCCGAUAGAAGGAGAAUAUCUGAUUACAUUGGUGACCAGCUACAAAAUGAUGUAAGGAGAAAGUAUUUGACAAGAGGUCCUUGUAAGCCACCAUCUAGUUUUAAGUUUCCACAAACAAUGAUUGCUGGGUUUCCACGUCGGUGUCAACAUGAAUGGUUCAAUAUGUAUGGAUGGCUAGAGUACAGUGAAAAGGUGGAUAAGUGUUUUUGUUUAUAUUGCUACCUGUUUAGAGAUUGCAACAAGGGCCAUGGUGGGAAUGAUGCAUUUGUAAUAGAUGGUUGGGAUGGGUGGAAAAAAUCUGAUAGGCUCAGGGAUCAUGUAAGCAAGAAAUGUGAUAGUUUUCAUAACACAACUGUGAAAAGAUGUGACAAUUUAUUGAAGCCUGGCCAAUCAAUAGGUGAAGCCAUGAACAAGGGGAGUAGUAUAACUAAAGAGAACAAUUUGAUUCGAUUGAAGACAUCUAUUAAAGCUGUCAGAUUCUUGUUGCACCAAGGGUUAGCUUUUCGUGGCCAUGAUGAAAGAGAGAAAUCUACAAAUAAGGGAAACUUUCGAGAGUUAGUAGAUCUUUUGGCAGAGGAAAAUGACAAAGUGAAGAAAGUAGUUGACGCUCCUAAAAAUAAUAAGAUGAUUGCUCCAGAAAUUCAAAGGGACAUUGCUAAUUGUUUUGCUGAG